UGUAAAAAAUUAUACAUUGAAUUUAUAUUAUUUUGCUUAAUACUUGACAGUGUAUAAAAUAUGGAGCAAUUAAAAUUAUUUGAAAGUGAUUGUGAAUCAAAUUUACAAAACAAUUUUCUGACUACACCUUGUCGAGUUCAAAAAAGGUUAUUUAUACCAUGUAGUAGUUCUAGUAAAAGAAGUCUAUUUCGAGAGGAAAAAGAAAACGAAAAUAUCUCAGAAACUGAUUCUGAUUUAGGACCUAUGUCCCCUUUGGCUCUUACAGAUCAUAGCAGUUGCGAUAGUUCACCAGGAAGGCAGUUUAUAUCUCCUUUUGCAACACCUGAAAAAAUAUCAAUGAUUUCAAUAUCAAAUUAUGAUCAUUUAAAACAAACAUCCAUAAGAAAUGACUAUGAUGAACUUGUAUCAUCAUCCAAUUCAGUGAGACAAUUUAUUAAAUCUGCUAGAUUAUAUCAAAAGUCAAUAUGUAAAAUUUCUGCAGAAUCAAAAUUAUGUAGAUUUAAUAUAAAUUCUGAAUUGGGAACUACUAUAACUACGGAUUCAAAUAUUCAAACUGAUUUGGAAAAUGAUGUAGUUCCAGAAACACCUAGAAAGGAAUUUAAAUUUAAUGAUCAAGAAUCAUAUAAUUUAGAAUUACCUCAUAAACAAAGAAAUUCAGAUUACAGAUUAAGUGUACCCUUAGAAUCAAUAAAUAAAAGUAUUCCAGUUCCUAGAAUAUAUAAACGAAAACCUUUAAAUUCUUGUGAAUUUGAUAUAAAUACAUCACCAGAAAUAAAAAAAUGUAUUAUAAAAAAUCAUUGUGAAAAUUUAUUAUAUGUGUCAAAUAAUAAGUAUCCACAGAAUAAUGAGUUGCCUUUGAUACCUAAAGCUAGAACAGCAUUGUUUCAAGAAAAUAAAAUUAUAACUAAAAAUAAAAAAGAAUUUACGUUAAAUCCAAGAUCAUUUUAUGGUUCUAAAGAUAAACCAUUUAAGUCUGCUGAAAUGGAAUGGAGAGAACCGCAAUCUGAUUUUAAAAAAAGACGAAACUUACCAGCAUAUAGCUUUAUACAAAGACGAUUGAUGAAAAAGCAUAAUGGAGAAAUUAAUUGUGGUGUUGGUCAUGGAAUCAGAAGACCAAAAUCAAAACGCCAAUUUUUCUUAAAUAAUGAGAUAAAAGCAAAAAAACAAAAUGAUUCAAACAGUAAAGAUAGCUUAUGUAAAGAAAAUAUAAUUUUUCCAACUGUAACUGUAUCAAAUAAUUAUAAUGAAAAGACACUUUCAAAAGAAAUUGAUCAUAGCAAAAAAUUUUUUAAAUAUAAACUUGGUCAUAAAGCAAUUGUAACAGUCAAUGAUAAUAUAAAACUAAAAGUUACUUUUAAUAAACAAAAAACUAAACAUAUUCAUAAAAAAACUAGAUUAGACAAACAACUUUUUGAUGCUACUGAUCUGUCUGAAGCAUUUGUUGAACCAUUACUAGAAGAAAAUAAAGUAGUUAAUAUUUUAAAGCUUUUAGAAAAUGACUGGGCAGAAGAUAAUGAUGAAGCUAUGGAAACAGCACAGAUAGUUUGCUUAAAGAUGAAUAAAAUAUCACCAAAAAUAUCUAAUACUAUAUUAAAAGAUGUGACAAUGUCUCCAGCUAGUGAACUCAGCAGUAUGGCAUCUGUAAUGAAUAUUGAAGAUAUUACAAUUUGUACAGAUGACAGUAUAGCAAAAAAUACAGAAAUUAUGAAAGUAAAUGAAAUAUCUAAUUCCAAAUUGUAUCCAUUAUUUUCCAAAGGUUAUUCAUCAAAUAUUAUUAAUGUAAAAAAUAAUUCUAAAAAACGUAAGAGAACUACAAGUUGGCAAUUAUCAGUAAAAAGUGGUAAUGUUGAAAAUCAGUAUCAAAUAGAUGCUGGACAAAAAACAUUUGGUAUAAAUCAAUGUAACGAGUGUGGAGUAUUGUAUCAUAUUGGUGAUCCAGAUGAUGAAAAUGCUCAUUUAAAUCAUCACAAUAAUUUUAAAAUUUUAAAAUUCCCAGGUUGGAAAAAUGAGCGGGUAAUUUAUGAAGACUCUUAUAACCUAAGUCAUAUCAUUUUAAUAGAACCCAAGGAUUCUAAUUUACAUUGGAAGAAAGUAAAUGAAAUUUUAGAAAUUGUUGAUAAUGAUUUAGGACUGUCUGAUAUGAAACUUUCAUUUUAUAGAGAUAAGAAGGUCUAUAUGUACAUUAGAAAUAAAACUAUUCUUGGUAUAUUGGUAGCAGAAUAUAUAAAACAUGCAUUUAAAAUGAUACCAGAACUAAUUGAAUUAAACUGUUGUACAUCUGAAGCUACUGAAGUAAAAUGUGGUAUAAACGUUGUUUGGACAGCAUUAAGUCAUCGAAGACAAGGCAUUGCAACUAAACUUAUUGAUAUAUUAAGGACAAAUUAUUAUUAUGGUUAUAUCAUGUCAGUAGAGGAUAUUGCUUUUUCCACUCCCACACUAAGUGGUAAACUCUUUGCUGAAAAAUACACAAAAACUCGUAAUUUUAAGGUCUAUUAAGGUUAAUAAAUUAAAUGUGCAACAGGA